AUGUCGGACAAGCUGACGCGCAUCGCCAUCGUGAGCACGGACAAGUGCAAGCCCAAAAAGUGCCGUCAGGAAUGCAAAAAGUCCUGCCCAGUCGUGCGCAUGGGCAAGCUCUGCAUCGAAGUGGGGCCGAAGAGCCGAGUGGCCUUCAUCUCGGAACAGCUCUGCAUCGGCUGCGGCAUUUGCGUCAAGAAGUGUCCGUUCGAGGCCAUCAACAUCAUCAAUCUGCCGAAAGAUCUCGAGAACAACACGACGCACCGCUAUGGCGCGAACACGUUUAAACUCCACCGUCUGCCGAUGCCCCGUCCAGGCCAAGUACUGGGUCUCGUUGGCACGAACGGCAUUGGCAAGUCCACGGCGCUGCGCAUCCUCGCUGGAAAGCUCAAGCCAAAUUUGGGCAAGUUCGAUGCCCCGCCCGAGUGGCAAGAGAUCCUGACCCACUUUCGCGGUUCGGAACUGCAAAACUACUUUACUCGCAUCCUCGAAGACAACCUGAAGGCCAUCACCAAGCCGCAGUAUGUGGACAAGAUUCCCAAGGCCGUCAAAGGAACGGUACACAGCAUCCUGUCCACUCGUUGCGAAAAGCAGGGGCAGCUGGACCACUUUCUCAACGAGCUGGAUCUGUCGCAUGUGCAGGACCGGGAGAUUGAGAACCUGUCGGGUGGAGAGCUGCAGCGUUUUGCGAUUGCUGUUGUGGCGGUGCAGAAGGCCGACAUUUACAUGUUUGAUGAGCCGUCAUCGUACUUGGACGUGCGCCAGCGUCUCAAAGCUGCACUUGUCAUUCGCUCGAUGGUGAGUGACAAUGAUCGUUCGUACGUGGUCUGUGUCGAGCAUGACUUGAGUGUGUUGGACUACUUAUCCGACUUUAUCUGCGUACUGUACGGAACGCCAUCAGCCUACGGCGUGGUGACAAUGCCGUUUAGCGUGCGUGAAGGUAUCAACAUUUUUCUUGCCGGCUUCGUGCCCACGGAGAACCUGCGCUUCCGCACAGAGGAGCUCACGUUUAAGGUCUCGCAAAACGCCGACGAGUUCAGCACAGGCGAGGGCGAUGCCAACUCAUUCAAUUACCCUGCAAUGACCAAGACAAUGUACAAUAGCAAGAAGGACACUGCUUUCAAGCUGCACGUCGAAGCGGGUGACUUUACCAACUCGGAGAUCAUCUGUAUGCUUGGUGAGAACGGUACGGGUAAGACCACGUUUAUUCGUAUGCUGGCUGGUCUAUUGAAGUCGGACGAGAUGGAGGCUGCCGAGAAGGCUGGCGAUGACGAAGCUGUGACCAAUUGCGCGUUGCGUUACGACACAUCGACGAUCAGUUAUAAGCCGCAGAAGAUUGCGCCAAAGUUUCAGGGUACCGUGCGUGAACUACUGCACCGCCGCAUCCGCGAGGCAAUUGUCCACCCGCAGUUUGCAACGGAUGUGACAAAGCCGUUGAACCUCGACAACAUCAUCGAUCAAGCCGUGCCCCACCUGUCUGGUGGUGAGCUGCAACGCGUGGCAAUCAUCUUGUGUCUGGGCAAGCCCGCGGACUUGUACUUGAUUGAUGAACCGUCUGCCUACCUGGACUCGGAACAGCGUAUCCUAGCCGCCAAGGUUAUCAAGCGCUUUAUCCUGCACGCAAAAAAGACGGCGUUUGUUGUGGAGCACGAUUUCAUUAUGGCUACGUACUUGGCCGACCGCGUGGUCGUGUACGACGGCAAGCCGGGUAUCGAGUGUACGGCACACGCUCCUCAAAGCCUGCUCACUGGAAUGAACGCGUUUCUGAAGCAGCUGGAGAUCACUUUCCGACGGGACCCCACAAACUUUCGCCCGCGUAUCAACAAGUACGACUCGGUGAAGGAUGUUGAGCAGAAGACUUCGGGUAACUUUUUCUUCAUCGACGACUAG